ACAUAACGAAGUGGCCAUUUCCGCUUCCGAUCCACAGCUUCAAGCCAAGGCCGGCGUCAUGGACCCUGGCUCCGACAUCAUCGAGUACGAGAGGCCCGGCGUCGUGCGCGUGUACAAGAGCGGCCGUGUCGAGCGCUUCGACGGCACCGACACCAACACCGUCCCGCCCUGCCCCUCCGGGGACCCCGCCAAUGGCGUCGUCUCCAAGGAUGUCGUCCUCGACGCCUCUGCCAACAUCUCCGCUCGCCUGUACAUUCCGGCCGCGGAGCCUGGCAAGAAGCUCCCCGUCGUCGUUUACUUCCACGGCGGCGGUUUCCUUGUCCAAACCCCGGCCUCCCCGUUCUACCACACCUACACCGCGUCGCUCGCCGCCGCGGCGCCCGCCGUCGUCGUCUCAGUCAACUACCGCCUCGCUCCCGAGGACCGCCUCCCCGCCGCCUACGACGACGCCUUCGCCGCGCUUAAGGCGGUCGUCGCCUCGUGCCGCCCGGACGGCGCCGAGCCGUGGCUCGCGGCGCAUGGCGACGCCUCCCGCGUCGUCCUCGCCGGCGACAGCGCCGGUGGGAACAUCGCGCACAACACGGCCAUAAGGCUGCGGAAGGAACGCAUCGAGGACUACGGCGACGGUGUAAGCGGCGUCGCGCUCCUGCACUCCUACUUCUGGGGGACAGAGCGGGUGGGCGGGGAGCCCACGGAUGCCGCCUACCGCGGCGAGUUUGAGCGCUUGUGGGACGUCGCCUGUGGCAGCCAUUUCGGCCCCGACCACCCUUACAUCAACCCGGCGACGUCGCCCGGGGAGUGGAGCCAGCUCGGGUGCGACCGCGUGCUGGUCACCACGGCCGAGCUCUGCUGGUUCGUGGACAGGGCGCGCGAGUACGCGGAUGGGAUAAAGGCGUGCGGAUGGGACGGAGAGGUCGAGUUCCACGAGACCAAGGGCGAGGAGCAUGUCUACUUGUUUAAGUCCGGCUGCGACAAUGCCGUCAAGGAGCUCGCCGUCGUGGCCGACUUCGUCGGGCGCUGUUGAGGUUGCUUGCUUUUCUGCUCGCCCGAUGAAUGAUUCAUCAGUAUUUUCUUUUUGAAGAGACAGCGCGAUUCAUCAGUAAUAAAGGAUAACAUAAUUGGCGAGUGAUAGGCGCCGAUCAACCGACUAAAAUUUGAUUAUGAGAUCCAGGCAAUCCAAAGUAGCAAUGUCAAAUUC